AUGGAAAACAAUCGUAUUAGCGAUGAUCAAAUCAGUGCCUCUUCAGAGCUGAGUCUCAAUCACAAAGCAAACCAAGGCAGACUUUACUAUACGGCAGGCGGAGGCAAAAGGGGAGCCUGGUCAGCUAAAAAAAACGAUGAAAAUCCAUGGCUUCAAAUUGAUCUUGGUGGUCUGUACGCUACCGUAACAGCAGUGGCAACGCAAGGCAGACAAGACAAGGAUCAUUGGGUUAGGGAAUACAUGUUGCAGUACAGUAACUGGACUUUGAAUUUCACGCACUACAGAGAACCAGGACAAACUACAUAUAAGGCAUGAGAAAAUAAAUAAAUAAAUAAAUAAAUAAAUAAAUAAAUAUAUAAACCUAACAAAGAGACCUGAGUGGAGAUGCUCAGUGCUCCGGAGGAUCAUAUGCUCUGCCACUUACCGUAUUUAUUCGAAUAAGCGGCCAACCUUGAAUUAGCGCCCACGUUUAAUAAGCGCCCAUCCUAAUAGCAGAAAAAGUUAAUAAGCGCCCACCCCACCCCACCUCUCUCCCACUCCCACUCAAACUCAAAUAAGCGCCCACCCCCACCCCAGCCUGCCCAAAACUGAAUAAGUACUGAUAAGAGACUUCCCCGAAGAUGGAGUUUUCUUCAAAGUAUUUUUUAGAAACCUUGCUUUGUUAAACGUGAGCGUUUUGUUAUUGCCAUUUAUUGUUUUGUUGCAAAAUAAACAUACUGCUCUUGCUGAAAAUGUUGAAAAUUUCAUAAGCGCCCAGCCUCGAAUAAGUGCCCACCUUGAAUAAGCGCCCACUCUCAAGGUCCAAAAAUUUCAUAAGCGCCCAGGGCGGUUAAUCGAAUAAAUACGGUAACCAUGUGCUCAAAACCCUAAUCCUCCCCUACCCUCCCCUUUACCUACCGAGCGUCUUUAAUUCGCUUUUCUCGUUGGGAAACUUCUUGAAAUUAUUCAAGAGUACAUCAUCCGUUGAGGGUCUCACAGAAUACUUCGCAAGACCCUUGAAAAUACCCACAUUGGAAUUAUUCUUACCAUUUUCCUAUCCUUCAACUCGUGAGAUCCCUAUACUUUUAAAAUACCUUUAGCCGGCCAGCAAAGCGUCCUAGUAUAGUCCAUUUUCGAUUGUAACUUUCCCCCCAAACACACACACACCACGAAUUGCCAACUCAAGGUUAGGUCAAGACAAGUGUGCGUCCUAGUGUGAAUAAUAAUUAUGUACUCCUAAUAAUCUGUUUAUUUCCUUCGGUUAGAUCUUUACAGGGAAUGAUGAUCGUGACACCGUAGUUCUUCAUAGCUUGAGUACGCCAUUCAAGGCGCGUUACAUCCGUUUUCUACCAACUCUUUGGCAUGGCAAAAUUUCAAUGAGAGUAGAGCUUUAUGGAUGCAAAGGUAAUUAAGAAGGUACAUGUUUCCAAGUCUGAAAGCCACGGUCCAGUUCAUUUCUUUUUAGGACUGUUGUUGACAGUGACUGACGUUUCGACAACCUGUGCGGUAAUCACCUUUAGAGUCAAAGCGAGUUGUAUCACGUCAGAACUCCUAACCGUUGAUAAUUUAUUUCCGUCACUGACAUUCUCGUUAAAACUGACUCGUAGUAGAAUGAUGACGGCCUUUUUCUCGUCAAGAUGAUACCGGUAUUCAAGCGUGCGCACUGCUAACCUUUUGACUCCUUCCGCCAUUGGUAUACGUAAAGUCUUACACUUCAUCGUUAUUGUUAUUAUUUUAAAUUUUAGAGUUCUUAAUUAUAAUUUAAUACUGAAGAUUUUACCGGGCAAGUAUAUGUGUACAGCUGUUUCGAGAAAGGUUGUCGGAAAAAGUGCGCGCGACAAUCCCGAAAGGUAUUGUGGGUGUUUUUUAGUUCACUGUUUAAUUUGAAAAGAAAUUUCAAAGAAUGGCACGAGAGGCCAUGGACGUGUGUUUGCAAGUGCUAAAGGAAAGUAACAAAAGUAGGUUCGACAACUACAGUGUCAGGAACAAGUCAUUGAUCAUAUCCCAUAUUACCUUUCAGGAUUGUCGCGUGCACAGUUUUUGCGACAACCUUUCUCGAAAUAGCUGUAUAUGAAAUGUAUGAAUCGCUCCUUGUAGGCAACAUGACUGAUUUACCAUGCAAUUUAUUAAAAAGAAGAAAAUAAAUUCAUGCUAUAAAAUUGUACCUUUUUCAAUUUUUUUUUUUUUUUUUUUUUUUACAUUUCCUUUCAGACUGGAAAAAGAUUAACAAUGAAUCAGUCUGCUACAAAGCUAAAGACUCGCAUGGAAGUUUUCGCAUCACCAAACAGGGACUCAUCCACGCGUUUAAACUUGUUCACCGAAGAGGAUCAUUAAAGUGUGCAGAAGACAUACCAGCAACCUUUUGGGGCUGCCCACACCCCAGUUAUGAUAAGCAAACACUAUCUACUGUAAUAACAUACGAGAACAACAGUGUUCUCCCGCUAGCAGAAUACAGAGGUGGCUACUGUACAAAAUACUCGUAUAAGAUCAAGGGUAUAGAUGUUAACUCGACGGAACUCCUGUUUAACCAUCUUCCGUCUCCAAUAUCCGUAUCUAAUGGACAGGUAUUCAAAAUUUGGUAUAAUGAAGCCUUGCUGAGUAAUAAUUGUGCCCGAGAUAACACUGGUGAGAUAUGCGUUGACGUCUAUGCGUUGUACGCUUGAACUGCUAGCUAGAACGUGCAGGUGCUAAGACUCUAGAAACAACUUCAUAUUUAGCACAGCAAUAGUCCGAGACCACUUGAGUAUGCAGCUUUAUAAUACAAAAUAGAGGAACUUUUAGGUCUGGGACAUAACAGUCACCAAAUCUUGUACACUAACAUUGAGGGGACAGGGAGACACAAAAGUGUCCCAGCAAUUUUGACUGAGACUGUAGUUAAAACUGGUGACAGGGUAGUUCAUCGUUAAAAGUCUUUUAAACGAUACUUUCUUAAAUUGCACGUAAAAUUAUUUAAACAUUGGCUAAGCUUAAUUUCAAAUGGUAAAUUAUUCCAUAUUAACAAUUCUAUAAGAAAAGGAUUUUUGCCCUGUUUUAGUUUUAAAUAAUGGAAUAUUCAAUUGCUGCGAGCUUCUUGUUGCUCUCCCACUUAUGUUACCCCUAAAAUUUAAUUUAUUACCUAAAUGGUCUGGGGUCAUCGUCAUACACUUUUAAAAUUGUUUUUACUGGGGGCCACCUUUAACACUGGCGUUACAUAACACUGUGAGGUACGAUUCGUUUUCCCGUAGAGACAAUUUUUCUCAUUUCAAUAACAUCAGAUGUUUAGUUUCUUAAAGGUUUAUUUAAAAAAAAAAAAGAACAAUUAGUAAAAAGGAAAAAAAAGCUGACUCCGCUUUCGCACUUUUUGGUUCUAAACGGAAUAAAUUUGUUGCUUGACUACAGGUGUUUGAUGUCAUUUAUUUGUUUUUAGUAACUAAGCGUAUGUUGCAUAGUUACUUAAAUUUGAGGGGAAAACAUGCAAACAUCAUUUCUGCAUUUUGUAUUUUAAAAAAAAAACUACGAAAAAUACGAGCGCUGGUUUGCUAGGGCAAACACGCGGACUGAAGAGAAAAAACUCGCGUGUGGGUGGCCAUUUUCACGCGCGCUCGUGUACUUAAUGGCCUGGGGUCAAGUUCAUCAUUAUCAGCGACACGUGGAAACUGAAGCUUUUUUUAGCCAGCACUCUGGGGGCACAACUACAAGCCAUAAUUUUUUUUCUGUUUCCCGCAGCGAUGGAUUUCUGGCCGAUCGGGAUCUUUGAAAGGUAUUAUGCCAAUUUAUUGCAUGGAAAAUUCGACUAUAUAUUACACUGUAACAUCACUAGGAUAAUCUUUUGGAGGUUUGUUUAGUCUCGUGGAACCGGGUUGUUUACAGUAUGCUUUAUUGUGAAUCCUAAGCCAGCUGAAUUAUAGUCACAGUGUUCCGUAAUCCGAAAACUUUCUUGAAACGGACGAGGCACAGACUUUUCUCUGCGAUUAUCUUGGGCAAAAUUUCUGACCAAAUAUCAUAAGUUCACUUAGUUUAUGCUCGAGCAAACCGCUUCUUUGACUCCCUCGCCUAGUGAAUACUUAAUCGCCUGCAGAAAUCAAUUGUCUUUUUACUGAAAUCGAAGAGAAACAUAGAUCGUUGUUUCAUUGUUGCUUUGUGUGUAUGUGUGUAUGUGUGUGGCCGACAGUGGUCAGGAGUAAUUUCGAUAUCGGUCUCAAAAAUAGCUAAAGAGGUGGUUGGGUGCGUGGACGAGAACAGCACGUAAUAUUUUAUUUAACACUUCUGUUGUAACGCAACGCUAACGCAACAACUUAUAAGUCACGUUUUGUUUUGAGCUUGGGUUACCUGUGACUUGUGGCUAUAAACACAGAACGUUAAUUGUCUAGUGGGUAGUGGUGCGUUUGGAUUUGUAAAAGCUUAUGGAAGUAGAAAAAUAUUAGCGCAAAGCUGGUAAGUCCACCAUUAAUGGUAUUGUCAAUUAAAAUUAAGCCCUUAAAUUUCAAACAUCGUUACUGGCUUCUCUCUCUCAGCUCGAGUUGUGCACAUUCCAAAUUCGAACUUUGCCAAAUUUGCGCAUUGUGCGUUCUGCACCUUACGUUGUUGCACAGUUUGAACCAUCUAACUAUCUUUUGUUAUCAUUUGCAUGGUCAUUGGAGGCAUUUGAAGCUUUCUAGGAUAAUUGAUAAGCUCUCAAUUGAGUUCUUUUCCAAAGCGUACAUCAUAUAUGCGUGCGCGUUAAAAUUUUGACCGUUAUAUUUUUGGCGCACUGAAAUUUGCGCUUUCUACAUGAAUAAGCUUGUAGUUUCAUUAGAAAAUGAAUAGUUCUCUCUAGGUUUGGUAUAAAGCAUGCAGCCUUCGAAGCUCAGAAAUAAAUUUCAAUGUAGUAUUUUCAGUUAAAAGCAUCUCAAAAUAAUGAGUACCGUAGUCAAAGAUUCUACAGCUCCAAUACAAAAUCCAUCCGGGGGGGAGGGGGUGGGGUGGGCACCCAAGGAAAGUUAGGUACUGAGGUGUUCGUCGGAGGCCUUCAAACCCUGACCCUGUUGUAGACAAGAGUCCUUAUAUCAUGUCCCUUUCUCAUUUUGUUUUGCAUACUUUAAGCGAUUUUCAACCUAACAUCAUGGAUUUUCCAUUUAUAGAUGUACAAUGUCCAAAAACAAAACUGUCGGUACCACAAAUAUGUAGUCUGCUCAUGGACAACUUUCACACUUUUUUAUUCCAAGAAGACAUCCUGUCCAAGAUGCUAAAUAGUAAAAUUGUAUACCCUGUCUAAGACUCAAGAUCUGGAAAACCAUACCUUGUUCAGGAGACCCGUGACACCUCGUGCCGGUCCCAAAAGAGUCAUUUAAGUGAGUUAAAGCAACAGAACCGCAGGAAGAAGCUGAGAAUGGCAAAACUCUUUUGUGUGACAAACCCAGGGGCCCCACUCACAUAUUUUAAUGACGGGGGGGUCCGAAGGAUUUUUUUGGGUCUGACAUUUUGGCCAAAAGGGGUUUUUUUGGGUCUAUGAAAGACUCUGGGAUUUUUUUGGGUCGCAAAAACAACACAGGGAUUUUUUUGGGUAUUGUAUUUUUCAUCAGCUAAAAUCAACAAUAAUAACAUAAGCGCAAUUUACUGCUUGUGUGGUAUUACGGGAUAUUUCUGAGAUUGUAAUCUAUUUGAAAAGUAAUUACCGGCACUCCACGCGCAUCUAAUCCAGAGAGAAAUAUUCAAUAGGUCACGUAAUUCAAGGCCUUUCAAGCCAGUCAUCAAGACCACAAUGGAAACACUGUGUACAAAGUAAACAUUUUAUGAAUUAGAUGUUUACCCGCUGAUAUAUAUCUAUUAUCAAAUGGUCACGUUGCUAUGUAAAAAUAAAGGCAAGGAAAACUGACUUUGUAAACUAAACUCAAACUGGGAGUCAAUCCUGUCGAGUUCCAGCAAGAGCUAAGAGGUCCAGUCAGUUGUGAUCCCAUUUUUGUUGUAUGAAGAAGUUCUCUUGAAAAUAUUAGUAGCAAAACAUCAAGCUUGCCAAAGUGGUUUAUGAACCCAUACAAAGAUGUGUCGCUGACUCAGUUAUUUCAGAAGAUAAAUAAUAAAAUUUGCUGAUGCAAAAGCACUGAGGAAUUUUUUUGGGUAUGCUAAAAAAAGUAGGGAUUUUUUUGGGUAGACAAAUUCUGAAGUUGGGAUUUUUUGGGGUAUAAAAUAUGAACCUCUAUUUUUUUUCUUCCUGGCAACUAGAAAAUCUUGAUUUUAUAAUGUUAUUUUUUUUAGAUUUCACUUGUUCAGAGCACUGGGCUCCCUUCAAUUUUUCCCUGGGGUGGGGAGGGGGGUACUCCAGAUUUCAAGUGACAGGGAUGAUUGAGUGCAGGCAAAACUUGAAACCCCCAAAAAAUCCCAUGCUGAAUUCCGGAGCCAUAAAGAUUUCCAGAUAGCAUUAAAUGAUGUAACACGAAAAACAGAAACAUUAGUUUUGAAUAUGCAAAAAAAUCCCUACUUAAAUCAAGCUACCCGAAAAAAUACUUGCCAAGAUUUUCCUACCCCAAAAAAUCCCGAAUUUGAAAAAUAACAUUUCAAACCCCCAAAAAAUCCUUCAAUCAUCCCUGUCACUUGAAAUCUGGAGUACCCCCCUUAGGAAUUUUCCUAAGUGUACAGCUGUAUCUGUUAUCGUAGCCUGUUCUCAUUAUCUUCAGUGUAAUCAUUACUUUUUAAAGUAGAAAGGAGCCCAAGGUUGAGUAGGCGGGAAAGUUUGAAAGUUUGGUUUGUGAGUGGAAAUUUACCAUUUUGGCUGAAGGCGGGUACUGUUCUCAGAGCAUACUGUUGCUGCUACCCAUGUCCCAGCUUUAAGUGAAACCCUGUAUGUAUUUUUUAACAGUUCGUCUCAGAAAGAAAGAGAAGAUUUUUUCCUGCUUUAGCUAUUGGGGCCUCUUCAGUAUUAGAGAUGUAGAUUGAAAUACUCUAAUAUUGCAUAAUAAUGUGAUUACAAUAUAUAAGUUGUGUUUACAACUUACAACUUACAACACAGGCAGGUUUAAAAUAGUGUCUCGAGCCAUGCGUUUUUAUUUCAUGAAAACAUCAAAAGCACAAAUGCAAUUUUGUUCAGUGGGAAAAAGUACUAUAGAGGCCAGAGUGGUCAGUGAUAUUGUUAUACAGUCAGCUCUCUCCAAGAUGGACACCUUUGGGACCGGCACUAAGUGUCCGUCUUAGAGAGGUGUCCAUCUUAUAAAGAGUCAAAUAAAGGGAAUAAAGAAAGGCAGGGACCCACUCUAGGUGUCCAUUUUACAGAGGUGUCCGUCUUAUAGAGGUGUCCGUUAAGAGAGAGUCUACUGUAUAGAAUGACAAUGUUCAGUUCAUUGUACUGCAUGAAUAAUUAAUAACCUCUUGUUUCGGUAUGACACAUCUGGUAUGAGUUGAGUUGAUGUUUCCUCAAUGCGAAAAAACUUACUGCAGUUUAGCAUUUAACCAAUCAAUAUUCAGGAACAUAACCAGCAAGCUACUUAAUACCUUUAGAUAGAAAUUUUCUAUCAACAAGUUAUUUUCUUGCUAUUUGUUCCAGUCAGACUCUUUGAUUUCAUUUUGCAGGAACAUCUUCAUAAUUAAAAAUUUUUUCUUGAAUAUCUUUUCAGUGGUCAUGUGAGUCAAGCUCUUGAAUUCUUUGUUGGUACAUUGUCCAUUGCAAAGUGUAUUGUGAUCCUUGUUGUUCCUCUGUUACUCAUGUAUACCUGUCAUCAAGUGCAUGGAAAACAUUUUGGCUCUCCCAGGGGUAAGUGUACAGCUCAGGAGCCAAACAAAAUUAUCAUAAAUUAUUAACUAUUUUUCCUUAGCACCAAGAAUCAUAUUUACCCAAAAGAGCAUUGCAUAUUAAAUUUUUGAACUUGUUAGUGAGGCAGUUGUAACACGCUAGUUACUCAUUCUCUCUUUCUUUUUGUUUUUUGCCCAAAGAUACAAAAAAAGAUACAAACUAGAUAAUGACGACAACUAAAGAAUUAGGAAGAACAUGUUUUUAUAAACAUUUUUAACCAAGCAAGUGGGAGCUCAUUCAAAGCAGGCUGGGUGUUAAGGGAGUGGGCGACGGGACCUUAUAAAAUAAUUUUUUAUGACAUGGAGAUAGAGUAGCUUAAUACUGCCCAAGUGGAGAAGAAACUCAAGUGACCAGUGCAAAGUUUGAGAAAUGAUAAAGCAAGAGAAUUAACUACAAACAUCCUUAUCCUGUUGUUAUGAUUUACUAUGUCAGUAGUUCAGAGUUCAACUUUUUGGUCUUAGUAAUGUAAAUGUCCAACUGGUUUGCCUUCCACAUGUUUGCUUGCAGAUGUCAGAAGAGAUAGAAAGCCUACACAUAUCCCUCUAUUGCGUGUUGGGGUUUUGCUUUGGGUUAUUUGUUUCUAAUUAUAUUUUCUGAGGAGUUAUUCUGAGCAGUCGGAGUCGGAGUCGGAGUCGUAUUCAGAAGCGUCAAACUUUACGAUCUUGUGAAAACAGCGUUGUCGGAGUCGCAAGCAGAAGCGGAACAGUUACUAAACUUUCAACUUUCAACUUUUAUUUAAAUUCGUAAACCAAAGCAAUCACAAAGCGUGGGAACGUGCAUUGUGAUUUAUCCUUCCGCUCCUGCUUCCGACUCCGACAAUCUAGUUUUCACUUGAUCAUAAGCGGAACGUAAGCGACGGAGUCGUAAGCGGAGUCGGAGAAAAAAGGAAACGUUCGUGAUUCUUCUGAUUCCGUCGCACCUAUGACUCCGGUUACGACUCCGAUUUUUGAUUUUCACUAGGUCAAAAUUGCUAUAACGACUCCGGUUACGACUCCGACUCCGUCGCUCAGUUAAAGAGUGAAAACCAUCUUUUAGGAGGAGCUUUCAGGGAUGAAAAACUAAGCUAAACUAAACCAUCCGCUAUCACUAUACUCGUAGUCUAAAUACCAAAAGGCAUGAGAAAGUCCUUUUUUUACACUCGGCGCAUGUUCCAUUAGGGCUCUAUGGAUAACAAAGUUUCUCUGUAUCUCCAUCCGUGCCAGCGCCUUUCUGAAAAGAGAGGGGAUUGUGUACAAUCUAACUUAAACCAAAAAAUUUUUUUGCUAUUUUAAGACUGUGUGCUCGGUUUACACGUUAACAAUUAACGCAACCGCCGUCUGCUUUUUCAUUUCUUAGUGGCCGUAGCACGUGAACAUGUGAAUACUAAAAAGAGCAUUUCUCCCGAGAACAUAACGGAUACAGCUGAAUAUGUUGCCAAGAAACGUCGCAGACGGAAGAAAAAGGGUAGAACAGAAAAUUCUGAUGACCAAGAACCGACCGGCGGACAUAAGGCGAGGGAGAAAAGUGCUACACAAGGCAAAGACGAGAAGUUAGUGGUGAUCAAAAUAUUGAAAGGGGAUGCAUGUAAAACUGGAGACGUUGGUGGUAAUGCUGACAAAACUGCCGCAGUUAAAGAUGUUGCAGAUGGAAGGAAGAAAACCGAACGCGUUGCUGCAAAACCCAGUGAGAGUUCCUGUGCAACAGUUUCUGUUAGUGGCGUCAAAGCCGAUGAGGAAUGCGACGAAUUUGUUGGUAGAAAUGGUGGUAAGGCUUUGAGAAGUGACGACGCUGAAAGUUGUGAGUUGUUAGGAAGACAUGAAAGUAAGUAUAAAAAGGCAUACAAGAAACAGGUUGCUUUAAAGAGUUCUACAGACAAAAGUAAAAAUCGCGACGAUUCUUGGGUUGUAACAGAGCGAAAGGAAGUCAAGAGCGUUGGCGAAGGCCCGAGAACUCUUUUCACGAAUGCGGUCUGUUUAGUGCUUGACCAGGUCGCCGAUUGUGAAAAAAAGAAACCUCGAGAAGUUAACAGCCCGCGGAACCGUAACCUAGUCUCUGAAGGCGAGAGGAAAGUUGAUCCCGCUAGAAUUGACGAUAGUAACGUAGGCCAUGAUUGCACACCGUGUAAGCAGAUACAGACGGCUACUGCUUACGUCGCUGAUAGUCACGUGACUGAUUGUAACGUGACUGACCGUCAAGAGGGACGCGCGGCACCUAGUGAGAGCCGAAACAAAGGGCGCACCUGUUGUGGUGGGUCAUCUGAAGGACAUCAGAGCUCGGCUAGUGCAAACACUCAUAACAAGACAAAGGGGACGCCUGCAAGGCGAAGAUCAUUCGAUCGUAACGCAGAGAAAAGUCAACAGCAUUUGUCUAAUGUUAACCAAGCAAGGCAAGCAGUACCUUUUGAUCAUAGCUUGGGGACGGCUCCAGGCCAGGGUAAGCUAACGGAAAAUGAUUGUCGCCCAAACCAGAGCCAAAGAAGGCGGAGAUCUUCUGACAGUACCUCAAAAGGCGAUCGUAGAGAGAGUGAGUCUCACCAAAAUUAUCGAUUUUGUGGGAACGGGAAAAGAAUACGACGAAGAUCCAUGGAUGCCGCCUCGGAAUACGAUCAGAGAGUGAGUGAGCGUCCGGAAAAUUAUCAAGAGUGUCAAGACGAGGGUCAGAGAGGAAAAAAGUCUUUGGACAAUGAUGCUACCGGAGCUGAACUUUUGGAAUGUCAGCGAGAUUGCCAGACCGAAGACCAAACAACACGAAGGUCUUCCGAUUAUCCCACAGAGAAUGUUUCAAGAAUAAACGAUUCGUUUAACAAACAGCACCCGAUGGACAAUCAAAGAAGACGAAGAUCUGUCGAUCGCUUCUCGGAAAACGAUUCUCGAGGGAUUGAAGUUCCGGAAACAAACCGAGACUGUGACGAAGAUCAAAGAAGACGAAAGGCUUCAGACAGUGACACUACAGGAAGUGAGUUUUUGGAAAAUCGCCGAAAUCACCAAACUGAAAAUCUACGAAGACAGAGGCCUUCCAAUCAUUACUCGGAAAAUGAUUCAAGGAUGAAUGGCUCGUUCAGGAAACAGCAACAUCCUGCGGAUCAUCGACGAAGACGAGGAUCUUCCGAUCGCACCUCCGAAAGUGAUUAUAUUCAAGGUGAGAUUCCAGAAAAUCCCCAACAUCGAUCUGAAAACCGAAGAAGGCGAAGAUCUUCCGAUUGCACCUCGGAGAGUGACCCUGUACAGGGCGAGAUUCCAGAAAAUUCGCCACAUCAGCCCGACGACCGAAGAGGGCGAAGAUCUUUCGACCGCACCUCGGAGAAUGAACUUGCCCAGGGCGAGAUUCACGAAAACUUCCGACAUCGACCUAACAACCGAAGAAGACGAAGAUCUUUCGGCCGCACCUCGGAGGGUGAUCCUAUACUGGCCGAGAAUCCGGAAAAUUCCCGACGUCGACCCGACAACAGAAGAAGGCGGAGAUCCUACGAUAACACCACUGAGACUGAACCUGGAAGAAGCAAACCUCUAGUAAACCGUAGACGUUCUGAAUCUGAUAACAGAGAUCACGUCGAGUCUGAAUGCGCAGGUGAAUACACACGAGAGAAAGUUGGGUUCUCAACGGAAACGUCCACAGGUAAGCCGUAACAACUCCUGUAACAAGUUAAGCCAACCGCCCCCACCCCUCCCUUCCCCGGUUCUUUCAAUCAGCUGGGUGGGGAUUGCACGUGGUCCAUCAAAUCGUAACUUUAUUGGUCGAAAUAAAUAUUUGCUCAAUGUCCCGAAAGUAUCUCAUAUUUCCUGGAAAAAUUUCUCGUGUUUCUCGAUCCCCAGCAAAAUCUCCAGAUUCCCGGAAUAAAUUUUUUUUUUUCCCCGAAACAGCCCUUGUUAGAACUGUUACCCCCCGUAAUAAAAACUGCAGAAUGAUUUUUCUUAUUUGCUCAUUUCCCUAAGUUCGUUCAUAAAUUAACCAGGUUCAUAUUUUCUGGAAAAAAAUGGAAAGACUGGUUUUAUAUUGCUGGAAAGUAUAUUGUUUAUAGACAAUUAGUAUGUAAACGGGCCCCUCCCCUGUAAACCGCCACUCCUAGCGGGCGAGAAUGCUCUUCAUUUGGGUGAUCAUGCGCGAGCAGCACGCAGAUAAAGGGCGCGUGCGAGGCUAGAAGUUGACGUAAUCACACGCACAAACACGAUCAAGGGGGACUUCCUUGUUUUCUUUCUUUCUCUCCUUUUUGUUUUUACACAAACCCUUUUUUUGUUAGCACAAUAACAUGAUUUUCAGGACACUAAUGCUUUCUAGGUCAUCGGGAAUAUAAGUUGUCGGGAAUUUUUCCUACAUUAUCCAACAAACAGAAAAAGUCGCCGACGGUUCGUUCCCUGGAGGAAGGGGUAGUGUCAUAGUCAACCUGAAUCGCUCUGUGAUAUCAUCCCUGAUCAUAUCGAUAUCUGGAAACAGCGGAGUCGUUUGUUCAUUUCAAUGGUAUUUAAACUAUAUCGUGACGGGGCGUAUCACUCAAUCCCCCUUUUUGCGCUCUGAUAUAUAGUCAGUUAAAAGUAAAGGUAGUCAAUAAUAUCGAUAUUAGAAUUGAAAAAAAUUGAGUUUUCGGGGAUGUGAGUUUUCGAGACACCCAGGGGGUCUGAGUUUUUCGAGGUCUGAGGUCUGUGUUUUCGAGGUCUGAGUUUUUGUAACACCCGAGAACCUCUCCGUUUUUGGUCAGAUUGAAAAUCUUUGAAGGGAUAAAAUUGCUUCGAAGACAUUUACAUCAAAUUCAGGGAAACUGAGCUGGUAGAAAUUUCAUAACUCAGGGUCGGCCAGGGUUUUUGGGUAUACAGUAUUUUAUGCGUAAAGAUAAAGAAUAAGCCGGCUGUAAAAAGGGUGAUCAAGGCUCAGAAAACUUGCAUUUUGUACUCUCUUCGCCGUUGAUUGAGCCAGAAACACAAACUAAAAGGAAAAGGGCCUUGUGCGUUUGAUUUUUCCAAAGCGCAUUCCGAAGGACUUCGUGAUAUGGGUCACUUGUCCGGGCACGGACUCUUCUUUUUGCCAACGCAGCUGUUUUAGUACGUCUUGUAAAGGAAAGUGCAUGUAAGCAGUGAUCUGUUUUAGAAGUUGUGAUUGUUAUAUCAGUUGAUCUUUCCCAUUGACACAUCGGGGUAAGGAGGCUUAAAUCGUAGCUUCUCUCGAAAGCGCUUGUCAGAGAAACACAAUUUUGCAUUAUCGCUGUAUCAACCAUUUUAUCUUUUUUGGCAGCUGUUAAUGACGCAGUGAUGAAUCCAACUGCAGAUGACGAAGUCUUCGAGAUUGCUUCAACUAUGGACGAACCGCACGUAGCAGAGGCGACAGACACGAAUGGCGGACAAGAAACAUCUUCGGAAAGUCUACAGAGCCAAUUUAAGAUCGACCCGGCUGUGCGCGAGAGGCUACUAAACCCCAAAUACCCCGUGAUUGUUCCAGAUAGACCACUGGAACAUAUUAGUUACCGCGAUAAAAACUGGCGACCUGAAGAAAUCAGAGGCGCAAAUAAGUCGCUGGUGGGAGGAAUAUUCGGAAGUAAGUGGCGAAGAAAAAUGGAAAAGAAGGAACGUGAGCAGGAAAUGAAAGAACUUGCGGAAGAGGAGAAACGCAAAGCCGUGCUAAAGGAAUGGAGUGAUAACAUAUGCCCUACGUUUAUGGUCUGGGGCGUUUGCCAUCGAGGGGACAACUGUCCUCUUCGCCAUCCUUCUUAUCGAUACCUCGAACGACCACCGCGAAAGAAAGAGAGUUCUGAAUCUCGUCCGGAGAAACAAAAGCCGGAUCCAAAUUCUUACGCAGCUGUUCUUGGAAAAAGUCCCGAACCAAAGGAGUUUUUUAACGAAGCGGUGCUCCUAGCUGAAAGUAAAACAGAGGUAAAUAAGAUAUCGUUUGCUAACGUGCUUGUUAGCUCACAGAGAGACCGUGAAACGAGUAAGGGUCCUGUGCCGAAGACAAGUUAUGAAGAAGCUUGGCCAUCUCUUGGGUCGCCUGUGAAUGGGCAGGGUAAGGUACCCAGCAGGGCCCCUGCAAGUGGACCUAAGGCGUGGAGCACUCAGAAAGGACCCUGGAUCCUUAAGGAACAAAACAGUGAAACCAGUAACUUGCAGACUGUGAGCGACGCGGCCAUAGCUCAGGAACUGCAAGCUGAUGAGUACAUGCAGAUGGAACCGGAAGAAUAUGACGAUUAUUCUUACUAUCCAGAAGAGGACUAUGAUUACAACGAAGACAGUUACUACGAUCAAGAACCAGACAUUAAUGACGACGAAGAAAAUCAAAGAGCGUUUAUAGACUCUCGUCACCAAACGAAAGUUCUUGAGCUGGAGGAGUUUAAUUCGCGGCUGCCCACGAGCCCAGUUAUAACAGAACAGGACUCAACGUCUCCUAGAGAAUCCAUCCCACAGCAGGUACAAGACAGCCCUUGUGACAUCUGUAUGGACAGAGCAAAGGAUGCUACCCUGGUUUGUGGCCAUAGGUUCUGUUAUCAGUGUGCGUUACAGAUGCGACUGGAUGAACGCGUUUGUGCUAUCUGCAGACGAUGCAUUGUCUCAGUUAUUAAAACAUACAAUUGA